GCUUACAGAACAGCCAAUCACACUCAGAAGCUCUGGAUGCUUAAAAGAGCCGGUGGGGAGAGAGGCUGGGGAGAAACCAGGGGGACACCCACAGACACACAGAAACAAGAGAGAAGAGGAGAGAGACAAAGGCACAGCAGAAGAGGGCAGAGGCAGGGCAGGCACUGAGGCAAAGCCAGACAGAGUUGUGCAGAGGGAGAGACCAGAGAAGCUGAGGAAGCCUCAGGCAGGGAGAGACAAAGACCCAGGAGAGGAAGGCACAGGAGGAGGUUUUGGAGGAGAGAGACCCCUGGGCACCUUUCUGAAGCCUGAGGGCUAUUUUCUCCAUCUCCUCCCAACGUCCCCAACCCCUCUAAAAAACUUUGUCUCAGAUCUUGGCACGAGUCUGAGCCUCCCCCGUCUCCGGGCUAGGCUUUAGAGAAGAGCUUUCCACAGUUAGGGUGUGAAGGGCUUGGUGCCCCAGAUGGCCGCAAUCCCUCCCAGCUGCUGCAGCACCGGUACCAUGUCCCAGAUGGGCUCGCAUCCCGGGAGGGGCUUGACCGGGCACUGGCUGCGGAGAGUCCAACCCCGCCUGCCGCUGCACACUUUGCCGCUCACCAGGCUGGAGUGGCGGCUGUUGCUGCUGCUGUUGCUGGUCUUCUUGCCCUCAGCCUGGCCAGCCAGCCCCCUCCCCAGGGAGGAGGAGAUCGUGUUUCCUGAGAAGCUGAACGGCAGCGUCUGGUCUGGCUCAGGCACCCCGGCCAGGCUGGUGUACCGCCUGACAGCUUUUGGGGAGGCGCUGCUACUAGAGCUGGAGCAGGACCCUGGUGUGCAGGUCGAGGGGCUGACAGUGCAGUACCUGGGCCAGGCACCUGAGAUGCUGGGUGGGGCAGAACCAGGUACCUACCUGACUGGCACCAUCAAUGGAGAUCCGGAAUCGGUGGCAUCUCUGCACUGGGACGGGGGAGCCCUACUAGGGGUGUUGCAGUACCGGGGCGCUGAACUCCACCUCCAGCCUCUGGAGGGAGGCACCCUUAAUUCUGCUGGGGGGCCUGGGGCUCACAUCCUACGCCGGAAGAGGCCUGCCAGCGGCCAAGGUCCCAUGUGCAACGUCAAGGCUCCUCCUGGGAGCCUCAACCCCAGUCCCCGCAGAGCCAAGCGUUUUGCUUCCCUGAGUAGAUUCGUGGAGACCCUGGUGGUGGCAGAUGACAAGAUGGCAGCAUUUCAUGGUGCAGGGCUAAAGCGCUACCUGCUGACAGUUAUGGCAGCAGCAGCUAAGGCCUUUAAGCACCCAAGCAUCCGCAACCCUGUCAGCUUGGUGGUGACUCGGCUUGUAAUUCUGGGUUCAGGAGAGGAGGGGCCCCAAGUGGGACCCAGUGCCGCGCAGACCCUACGCAGCUUCUGUGCCUGGCAGCGGGGCCUCAACACCCCUGAGGACUCAGACCCUGACCAUUUUGACACAGCCAUUCUGUUUACUCGUCAGGACCUAUGUGGGGUCUCCACUUGUGACACUCUGGGUAUGGCUGAUGUGGGCACUGUGUGUGACCCAGCUAGGAGCUGUGCUAUUGUGGAGGAUGAUGGACUCCAGUCAGCCUUCACUGCUGCUCAUGAACUGGGCCAUGUCUUCAACAUGCUCCAUGACAACUCCAAGUCCUGUGUCAGUUUGAAUGGACAUGGGAGUACCUCCCGCCAUGUUAUGGCCCCUGUCAUGGCUCAUGUAGAUCCCGAGGAGCCCUGGUCCCCCUGCAGUGCCAGCUUCAUCACUGACUUCCUGGAUAAUGGCUAUGGGCACUGCCUCUUAGACAAACCAGAGGCUCCCCUGAAUCUGCCUGUGACUUUUCCUGGCAAGGACUAUGAUGCUGACCGCCAGUGCCAGCUGACCUUUGGGCCUGACUCACACCAUUGUCCACAGCUGCCACCACCCUGUGCUGCUCUCUGGUGCUCUGGCCACCUUAAUGGCCAUGCCAUGUGCCAGACUAAGCACUCACCCUGGGCUGAUGGUACCCCCUGUGGACCCACACAGGCUUGCAUGGGUGGCCGCUGUCUCCAUGUGGACCAGCUCAAGGCUUUCAAUAUUCCACAGGCUGGAGGCUGGGGUCCCUGGGGACCAUGGGGUGACUGCUCUCGGAGUUGUGGUGGUGGUGUCCAGUUCUCUUCCCGGGACUGCACAAGGCCUGUCCCCCGGAAUGGUGGCAAGUACUGCGAAGGUCGCCGUACUCGCUUCCGUUCCUGCAACACUGAGAACUGCCCAAAUGGCUCAGCACUGACUUUCCGUGAGGAGCAGUGUGCUGCCUACAACCACCGCACUGAUCUCUUCAAGAGCUUCCCAGGGCCCAUGGACUGGGUCCCUCGAUAUACAGGUGUAGCCCCAGGAGACCAGUGCAAACUCACUUGCCAGGCCCGGGCACUGGGCUACUACUAUGUGCUAGAACCACGGGUGGCAGAUGGAACCCCCUGUUCCCCAGACAGCUCCUCAGUCUGUGUCCAGGGCCGCUGCAUCCAUGCAGGCUGUGACAGGAUCAUUGGCUCCAAAAAGAAGUUUGACAAGUGCAUGGUGUGCGGUGGAGAUGGAUCUGGCUGCAGGAAGCAGUCAGGCUCCUUCAAAAACUUCAGGUACGGAUACAGCGAUGUGGUCACUAUCCCUGCAGGGGCCACCCAUAUCCUUGUCCGGCAGCAAGGGGAUUCUGGCCUCCGGAGCAUCUACCUGGCCCUGAAGCUCUCAGAUGGCUCCUACGCCCUCAAUGGUGAAUACACACUGAUGCCCUCCCCCACAGAUGUGGUACUCCCUGGGGCAGUCAGCUUGCGAUACAGCGGAGCCACUGCAGCCUCAGAGACACUGUCAGGACAUGGGCCACUGGCCCAGCCUUUGACGCUGCAAGUUCUGGUGGCUGGCCACCCACAAAAUGCACGCCUCCGGUACAGUUUCUUCGUUCCUCGGCCAGUCCCUUCAACACCACGCCCUCCUCCCCAAGACUGGCUACACCGCCGGGCACAGAUUCUGGAGAUCCUUCGGAAGCGUCCCUGGGCAGGCAGGAAAUAACCUCACCAUCCCCGCUGCCCUUCCUGGGCACCGGGGCCUCGGACUCAGCUGGGAGAAUUGAGGGGGCUUCUGCAGCUGCCUCAUGCUAAGACACAUGAGGAGGGGCUAUAGGGGGCUCAGACCCACCUGGCCUCUCUGUUUUAAUGUGCAGGCUGGCCCUGCCCUGGUUUCCUGCCCUGAGAGGCAGUGAUGAAGGUGAAUAGAAAGGGGCUAGGAGACAGUCACCUAUCUGAACUACUCCCUCUGCCCUGCAGGUGACAGGAGGUAGAGGGAAGGCAGGCUGGGUCCUGGGUCCCAGUUGUAUUUAUUUAGUAUUUAUUCGCUUUUAUUUAGCACCAGGGAAGGGGACUUGGGUCUUGGGGAAACUCACCUCCACCCCUUAUGGCCCCAUUCUGGCUAGGAAAUUCAGGGUGGUGGUGAUAAAUAUAAGUGGGGUGUGUGUGUGUGUGUGUGUGUGUGUGUGUGUGUGUGUGUGUGGAGGUACAACCUGCCCUGCUUUCCUUUCCUUAAUUUGUUUUCUGGGAAAGGAAGAGCCAAGGGUAGGAUGGGCCUUCAGGGAGUAAGAGAUUAUAUUUUUUAAAAUAUAAUUUGAAGUCUGCUAUUUAUAUGCUCCUUUUGGGGUCAGACAAAUGUGGGUUGUACCUUGGCCCCACAUCUUUGAGCAUUAGUUUUCUCAUUCUCCAAUAAUAAUACCUCCCUUAGAAAUUUGUUGUAAGGAUUAAAUAAUGUAAAUAAAGAGCUACCAUA